UGGGGCCGGGGCGGGGCGGCGACGGAAGAUGGCGCGGUGCGGGUCUGGGGCCGGGACCGGCUCCGGGCUGUGCUGCUGCUGCUGCUGCCCGCGCUGCUGCGGCGAGCGGGAGAGCCGCACCCCGGAGGAGCUGACAAUCCUAGGAGAAACUCAUGAAGAGGAGGAUGAGAUCCUUCCACGCAAAGACUACGAGAGCUUGGAUUACGAUCGCUGUAUCAAUGACCCAUACUUGGAAGUUUUGGAGAGCAUGGACAACAAGAAAGCCCAGAGAUACGAAGCAGUGAAGUGGGUGAUGGUUUUUGCUAUUGGAGUAUGCACAGGACUGGUGGGCCUCUUUGUGGAUUUCUUCGUACGGCUCCUCACCCAACUCAAGUUCCAGGUGGUACAAAGCUCAGUGGAAGAAUGCACUGAGAAGGGCUGUCUUGCCUUGUCCUUGCUGGAGCUGCUGGGGUUCAACCUGACCUUUGUUUUUCUUGCCAGUCUCCUGGUCCUGAUCCAACCCGUGGCAGCUGGAUCAGGAAUUCCUGAAAUUAAGUGCUACCUCAAUGGGGUGAAGGUGCCGGGAGUCGUGCGGCUGCGGACAGUGGUGUGCAAAGCUGCAGGGGUGCUCUUCAGUGUGGCAGGAGGUCUUUUUGUCGGGAAGGAGGGUCCCAUGAUUCACAGUGGUGCUGUUGUGGGUGCAGGUUUGCCACAGUUCCAGAGCAUCUCUUUGAGGAAGAUCCAGUUUAAUUUUCCCUAUUUCCGCAGUGACAGGGAUAAAAGGGAUUUUGUAUCUGCUGGAGCUGCUGCAGGGGUUGCAGCUGCCUUUGGAGCCCCAAUUGGAGGCACCCUAUUCAGCCUGGAAGAAGGUUCCUCCUUCUGGAACCAAGGACUUACAUGGAAAGUGCUUUUCUGCUCCAUGGCAGCCACCUUCACCCUGAAUUUUUUCCGCUCUGGGAUUCAGUUUGGAAGUUGGGGCUCUUUCCAGCUCCCUGGGCUGCUGAACUUUGGGGAAUUUAAGUGCUCUGAGUCUGAUAAGAAAUGCCACCUCUGGACAGCUGUGGACUUGGGCUUCUUCAUUCUGAUGGGGAUUGUAGGAGGCCUUCUUGGAGCCACCUUCAACUGCCUGAACAAGAGGCUGGCGAAGUACCGCAUGCGGAACGUGCAUCCCAAGCCAAAGCUGGUCAGAGUCCUGGAGAGCCUGCUGGUGUCCCUGACCACCACAGUGGUGGUCUUUGUAGCCUCCAUGGUUUUGGGGGAAUGCCGGCAGAUGUCUUCUACCAGUCACAGUGGCAAUGACACUCUGAGCCUGCAGGGAAUGUCAGAGGAUGUGAAUUCAAGCAUCAAAACAUUUUUCUGCCCAAAUGAAACCUACAAUGACAUGGCCACACUCUUCUUCAAUCCUCAGGAGUCAGCUAUUUUGCAGCUUUUCCACCAGGAUGGUACUUUCAGCCCAGUCACACUGUCCUUGUUCUUCCUUCUCUAUUUCUUACUCUCCUGCUGGACAUACGGGAUCUCUGUGCCCAGUGGUCUCUUUGUGCCAUCCCUGCUCUGUGGGGCUGCCUUCGGACGCCUGGUCGCCAACCUCCUCAAAAGCUACAUUGGCCUGGAUCACAUCUACUCUGGAACCUUUGCACUGAUUGGGGCAGCAGCAUUCCUGGGAGGAGUGGUCCGCAUGACAAUCAGCCUGACUGUCAUCCUGAUUGAAUCCACCAACGAGAUCACCUAUGGGCUCCCAAUAAUGAUUACCCUCAUGGUAGCCAAAUGGACAGGAGACUUUUUCAACAAAGGCAUCUAUGACAUCCAUGUCAACUUACGAGGAGUGCCUCUUCUGGAGUGGGAAACAGAGGUGGAAAUGGAUAAGCUAAGAGCCAGUGACAUCAUGGAACCCAACUUGACAUAUGUCUACCCACACACCAGGAUCCAGUCCCUUGUCAGCAUCCUGCGUACCACUGUCCAUCAUGCCUUCCCUGUAGUGACUGAGAACAGGGGCAACGAGAGGGAGUUCAUGAAGGGCAAUCAGCUGAUAAGUAACAACAUCAAAUUCAAGAAAUCCAGCAUCCUCACCCGAGCUGGAGAGCAGCGCAGGCGCAGUCAGUCCAUGAAGUCCUACCCUUCCAGUGAGCUGAGAAACAUGUGUGAUGAGCACAUAGCCACAGAGGAGCCACCAGAAAAAGAGGAUCUGCUGCAACAGAUGCUAGAGAGAAGAUACACUCCCUACCCCAACCUCUACCCUGACCAGUCUCCCAGUGAAGAGUGGACCAUGGAGGAACGUUUCAGACCUUUGACUUUCCAUGGCUUGAUCUUGCGCUCCCAGCUGGUCACCCUCCUGGUCAGGGGAGUUUGUUACUCUGAGACCCAGUCGAGUGCCAGUCAGCCCCGUCUGUCCCACGCAGAGAUGUCUGAGGAUUACCCACGUUACCCUGACAUCCAUGACCUGGACCUCACAUUGCUGAACCCUCGCAUGAUAGUGGAUGUCACCCCAUACAUGAACCCAUCACCCUUUGCUGUGUCUCCAAACACUCACGUGUCACAAGUCUUCAACUUGUUCAGGACAAUGGGACUCAGACAUUUACCAGUUGUCAAUGCAGUUGGGGAGAUUGUUGGGAUCAUCACUCGGCACAACCUGACCCACGAGUUUCUGCAGGCAAGACUGAGACAACACUAUCAGACCAUCUGAUGCCCCUGCUUGGUGUGGCUCCCUCCCUCUUCCAAGCCUGCACACGAGCUCACAUUCUGCUUGGACCCCACAGGGCCCAAGAUUUGCCAUUUGGCUUCUCACAUGCAUAUCAAGCCUGGGGAGCUGGAAAACAUCUUGCUAGCCAGAGAAUUAGAGGAGCUGCCUGAGCACAGAGUUGUUGAUUGGCCUCAGGCACUUGGUUUGACCACUCUGGAUCCAGGUUUUUUCUUUUCCUGUGCCCUGGUUAUCUCCUUUCAGUUGUUGCCCUGACACUGUAUGUUCUGCUGUUUUGGUUUGGAUUGGGUUUUUUUUCCUAAUGGUUGGAAAAAAGAACCAUCUAGCUCCACUGUGUCCUGUGCAGAGAACUGCAACAUCUUUUCCUUGUCCUGCUGUAUGUUAUCUCCCUUUUCCUCUCUUGUUCCUGCAACUGUUGCCUUAUUUGUGCCAGAAGAGAGUAGCUGAGAGGAGAUCCUGAGACCUGCAGUUAUCAAAUAGCUGCUCUGGAGGAUGGCUUCUCUCAAAAGCAACAUUCAGAAACCUGACUCUGGAAAUGCACCUCCCUUUGUGGGUGCUCCUAGUUGCCCAUGUUUUUCCUCAUUUCUCUCCUUUCAUGGGGAAGCAUCCCUGCUCUGAUGUUUUUGACUUUUGAGAGCAGCUCAGCACAUCAGGAGUUCAAAGCAGUUCAAUUCCCAUUGCUGUUUGGGAUUAUAAAUACUCAAUACAUUUGCAGAGCAUCUCUGAGAAGGGAGAUCUCUUUUCCCUGUUAGCUGUUGCUAUCAUCUCUCCCCAAGAGACUCUUCGAAGGCACUUUGUGACACUCCACUUUGUCACUACCCUGACACUCCUGCAUUUCUUGGCAUUUGCAGGCACUUGGUCCAACAGAAAGAGCCUGGGACAACUUUCCAGCUGGGGUAUGAGACCAGGGAACACCACAUCCUCAGAGCACAGUGAAGUGCUGCUUUCUGGAGGCAAACAGAACUGAUGCCCCAUCUCUGGGCUUGCUUGAAUUAUCUCUGUGUCAUGAGAGGAGCUGCUGUAACUUCAGGAGAAGUGCUUGGUGCUGGUGCCUAACAGGCAGGAUCUGCUGCAGGGUGACAAGUGGGGCUGUCUGUGCUCUAGAAAUGCUUGGCAUAAUGUUUGCAACACUUGAGUAUCUAUAAAGGUAAAAUCAGCACUUAGAAGCCAGCUGCAGCCAGUUCAGUGCUUUAGCAAGUACCAUCCUGGCCAGCACCUGUAUUGUUCCAGCAGGCACCUGCCCUCCUGAGGUUUGGGUGCAGAUAACCCUCAGUGGGAAGCCAGCACUGUGCCUCCAGGGCCUGCAGGGCUGAUUGGCUUGAUAAAGCACAGAGCAUUCCCUCAGCCAAGAGACUGGGCCAAGCAGCAUGGGGAAUGUAUCCCAGAAAGUCUUCUGCAGAGGCUCUGAGCACCCUGAUUAACCUGUUGUCUGCCAGCAGGAGCUGUGGCAGAAGGAAGCCAAAUACUACUGAAUACUUCCUGAAUUCAGGAACUUACCUGAGCUGAAGCUUUCCCUGACUGAGGCUGAAGAGGCUCUGCCCUUUCCUUACAUGUAUUAAAACACUACAUUUUUUAAAGCAGCCUCUCUGGAUGACUUUGUGGAAGUUGGUUGUUCCAGGGCACUCCUCUGGCUGUUAGGGUUAGGAGGAAGCUUUGUGCCCAGGCCACACCAGGUCUUGUUGUAGGGCUCUAAUUGGAGCUGUUAAAUGUUCAUGGAGUCUUUGCUGGCUGGUAGCUGCUGGACAGAUGUGUGCUUGCAAUAGAGACAGCUGAGUCAGGGGAGGCUUGAAGUUUGUCCAGCAGAUGAGUGAAAACUUGGUCUUACCAGGGAUUCCUGAGGCCAGGUUUUAGGGUAGAAUUUGUCCUUGUCAUACAGCACGUAGCAUGGCUCAGCAGGAAGGUUUGGAUUUAGCAAAACUGUUAGUAAGCACUUAGGUUUUCUUUUUGAUUCCUCUCCAUUGACAUCUGUAGGUCUUUUUUCACUUAGUGUUCUUCCCAACCUGCUGCCUUAUUGAAGAGGAAGGGCAGAUUGUUGUUUUCAAGAAUGGAUUUAUAACAUUUCUAACAAAGGAAAGAGUGGACAGUGAUACCUGGAGUGGCAGUUGUUGCAGAAGAAGUUGUGUGUGUCCCAGGGCCCUUUGUUGACUGCAGCCACACUCUCCAGGGCUCCUGUCUAAAGAGCAGGAAAUAUCUUGGUUCUUUUCUCUGUCUUAUCACAGAACUUGCAGCAACAGCUCUGGCCUCCUCCACUAAAAGAGUUUUGCUGUCUUCUGAAUAUUCUAGCUCUAUUUCCAAUAAGUCAUGAAAGUUCUUAAACUUCCAAGAGUAAAGCCAAGGUGUUUUCCUACAGCAGGGAUCCAUCUUAUGCCUCCAGCCUGGACUCUGUAGCUGGGGCAGGUGUGCAUGUUCCUCAGAGCAGAGGAGUUGGCAUUGGCUACAGCUCUUGCUGCUUCCCUGUAAAUAGAGUGAAGAUGUUUGCUCUCUCUGGAUAGUCUCUGCAGGUGAUUUCUAAAAUGUUUGUGUCCCCUGAGUUGUGUUCUUGCACUGAGAUAUUUCAAGAAGCAUCCAGCACCCCUUUGCACUCCCUGAAGCUGGACUGUAGGUCUGAAAUACACUUCUGUUAACUUCUUUUAAAGGAUUUGUGCUCAUGGGCAGUUCCAAGUCACAGGAAUGCUGUUUUGAUGGCAUUUCAGGUUAGUCCAACGUGGGAUUAGGAAUCCUGUAGUGUCAGAGCACCUGUCAAGAAUGCCCUGUGUCUCUUCAUGACAUAUGUUUUUCCCCUUAGUGGUUUUGAGUGACUGUGUGUGGAAGGAUCCUUCUCUCUCCUUAGGUUGCCCUGGUCUGGUCAUGUCCUGUUUUAUGUCUGUACACAGGCAGGAGCAGUACAUUUUGCUGCAGGAUGUCUUCUCAUUGCUGCUGAGACCUGAAAUGAGGCAAUCCAGAGGAGAUUAGGCUGAAAAAUCUUGCCCGGGUUUGUCUGAGCAGCAGCUGUGCUUCCCAUGAGGAGACCACUUGCCUUCAGCCUCCUGUCAGCACUCUCUGCUCUGUCUUCAGCAUUUCAGCUGGAAAACACAGCCCUUCACUCCUCCUGCAAGGAGGUUUUACAUCAGGAUGCUGGGUGAUCCUGACAGCUGCUUUAGUGGGAAGUCUGCAGGAAGGGAAUUACAAGUUCAUCUGACGUCUGGAGAUGCAGGAAUUCCCUCCUCCUUGCAGAGGGGUUUGUGUUGAAUCAUCCUUGUUCUCACACAUCAUUCCUCUCCCACAGCACACUGCCUGCUUCUGCUCUGCCCCUGCUAGCUUAGUGAUUUCCCAAUAAACUUCUAACAUAGGUGCCUGUAACCUUUGACUCAGAGCAACACUGAAGGUAUAAAAAGCAAGAACUGGAUUAGUAGUGAUGGCAAAAGUUAGGGGGUAGUUUGGGGCUGUCUCAUGGUUUCCUGUGCAGUGUUAAUUAUGCAGUUUUGAGUUGUUAACUUACUGUGAACCAUUCCUAUGGUAGCAACUUACCUUUCCAUUUGUUUUAUUUUUUGCACUGUUUUAUUUUUGUUAUUAAAUGAUGUAAGCUAAUUCCACAGUGUAUAUAAAUUGUAUUUUUUUUAAAUUUGUAUGAAUAUAUUUUUAUUUGAACUCUGGCACUUGGGAAGUAUCCAUGUAACCAUAACAUGUCUGAUAGUAAAAUGUUUGUGUGUCUCCUUCAGCACCUUCAAGGCCUUUUGGUGUUUCUGGUCUUGUCUCAUUUUUACCAUUUAUUGUAAUAAAACUGGUAGAAGGUGG